AUGUCACGCACGCAGGAAACCACACCGCUGCUCUCAGCGCAGCCAGCACCAGCCUCGUACAACGACGAUGCUGCUGCAGACCCUACACCACCGCCACCCCGCAAGCCAACCCCACUCCCACACAAACAGCUCUUCGUGCUCUGCCUCAUGCGCAUGACCGAACCCAUGUCGUUCACCGUCAUCUUCCCCUUUGUCAACGCCAUGCUUCGCGCCAAUCUACCCCCCAGCGUCCCCUCCUCCCAACUCGGCUACUACGCAGGCAUCGUCGAGUCUACCUUUGCGUUUGUCCAGUUCCUCACCAUCUUCUGGUGGGCGCGCCUGUCGGACCGCAUCGGACGAAAGCCCGUGCUGCUGAUCGGGCUGUUCGGGUCGUUCCUCUCUGUGAAUGCGUUUGGGUUUGCAAGCACGUUCCCGCAGAUGGUGGCGGCGCGGUCCAUUGCCGGGCUCAUGAACGGGAACAUUGCGAUUUUGAAGAGCGUGCUGGCCGAGGUGACGGACGAGACGAAUCAGGCACGCGCGUUCAGUCUGAUCCCGCUGUGCUUUGCGUUUGGGUCGAUUGUGGGGAAUGGGUUGGGCGGGUGGUUGGUGGGCGUGGGCGAGGGCGAGUUUUGGCAGAAACACCCGUUCUGGCUGCCGUGUGGGAUUGCGAGCUGUUUCAACCUGUUGGCGAUUGUGCUGGGGAGCUUGUUUUUGAAAGAGACGCUGCCGAACAAAGCGCUGUCCCAAGACAAGGUUUCGACGCAGGAGGAAGCGGUCUCAGAGGUGCCGUUGGAGCCGCCGCCGUCAAUCCCGUCUCUGCUGGCAAAUCCCUCGAUCCGCCGGAUCCUGGGCACGCAGCUGUGGCUCAACUUUCUGAACGCCUGCCACGCGGCGCUGCUGCCCCUCUUCUGCUACACAUCGAUCGCACACGGCGGUCUGUCGCUCUCGUCGUCGGACAUCGGAACCGUGCUCGCGGUCAACGGCUGCUUCACCAUCUUCAUCCAGCUCGUCCUGUUCCCGACGCUCGAACGGCGUCUCGGUGGGCCACAGCGCGUCUACGUUCGCGUGACUGCCUGUCUGCCGUUCCUGUGGCUGUGCUUCCCGCUCGCCCACCUGCUUGCCGCACAGCACCCGCGCGAGAAAGCCUGGCCCAUGGCGGCCCUGCUCGUCGCCAUCGUGCUCAAGGGCAUCAGCAACAUGUCGAUCGUCUGCAGCAACCUGCUGGUCAACAACUCGGCCCCGUCCAGAUCCAGCCUGGCCACACUCAACAGCGUCAGCCAGAUGGCCGGCUGCUUGACCCGCACCGUCGGCCCGACGUUCAGCACGAGCCUCUUUGCAUUCAGCACGAGCAACGCCGUCUUGGCCGGGCAGUUCAGUUGGCUCGUCAUGUGGGCCAUCAGCGCAGGCACGUGGAUGGCAACCUUGAGGGUCAGAGCACCACAGCACGCGGCGUGGAGAGUCAAAGCGCAACCGCACGCCGACCGCACGCAGGCAUCACCACAGCCCGAACCUGAACCCCGCCAUUCGUAG